GCGCAGCACCACCUCACGACUCUCUCUACCACCGGUCGAUACCCCCCACACGUCGCCCGCCAUGUCGCAAGUACACGCCCUCUCCGACGACCAGGUCGCCGGCGAGCUCAAGAAGAUGACGGCCUUCAUCCGCCAGGAGGCCAUGGAGAAGGCCAACGAGAUCCGCCUCAAGGCCGACGAGGAGUUCGCAAUCGAAAAGUCCAAGCUCGUGCGCCAAGAGACCUCCUCCAUCGACUCGUCCUACGAGAAGAAGUUCAAGCAGGCCAGCAUGUCCCAGCAGAUCACACGCUCCACCGUCUCCAACAAGAGUAGAAUACGCAUUCUGUCCGCCCGCCAGGAGCUGCUCGACCGCCUGUUUGAGGAUGCAGGGAAGAAGCUGGGCGACGUGACCAAGGACAAGAAGAAGUACCAGGGUGUCCUGAAGAACCUGAUCCUGGAGGGCGCAUACGCCCUUAACGAGGACAAGCUGCAGGUCAAGGUCAGGAAGGCAGACAACGACAUUGCCAAGCAGGCCAUCGAGGAGGCACAGAAGGAGUACAAGUCCAAGGUCAACAAGGAAGUGUCCAUCACAAUCGACGAGAGCGACCCGCUGCCGUCUGAGUCAUCUGGCGGAGCUUUCAUCGUUGGUACCGGCGGCCGCAUUGACAUCAACAACACCCUCGAGGAGCGCCUGAGGCUGCUCGAGUCUGAUGCCCUCCCCUCCAUCAGGGUCACCCUCUUCGGCGAGAACGAGAAUAGGAAGUUCCGCGACUAAGCGCGCGGCUUUGGAUCGAACUUCAACACACAUUACGACACGGAGACAAGCUGAGGACGGGCAACGAUCGAGUUGAGCGCGGUUGGCCUUUGUGAACCAUGUGUUCGCAGGAGACGCCAUUCUGAUAGAGGAGCUUGUAGAAUACUGGAAGAUUUAGCGGCUCUUGGAGCAAAUUAUCACACUUACCACUAUUCGCCAAUUCACAGUGC